AUUAAAAGAUUCAUUUGAACAACGUCAUUUAGAUACUUCAUUAUUAUCUAAAGAACGAGUUAUUAUUUUGCCAAGUGAUCUGGGUGAUUCAAGACUUGGACAAACUGAAAAUGUUUAUUUGAAACUUGUACGAGAAAUAACACAAAUUUAUCACGUAGCGUGGAGAUUAGAUUUUAAUAGUAAAAUUGAAGCUUUCGAACGUGAAUGUAUUGGUGGAACUGUUAAUCUUCUUAUGCUCGCUCGUGAUGCAUAUAUUCAUCAUCAAAAUGUUCAUUUUAAUUUUACAUCAAGUAUCAGUACAUCUCUUGGGUCAAAAAUAAAUGUUAAAGAAGAUGAGUUACCUCAGGAUAUUUCAAGUGCGAUACUUAAUGGAUAUGGUUUAUCAAAAUUCAUUACUGAGUAUAUAUGUGCUGAAUGGUCUCGAAAAAUUGGUUUCAAGCUUGAUAUUCAUCGUGUUGGUCAAGUUUGUGGUGAUUCAGUUACGGGAAUUUGGAACACUAAAGAACACAUUUCACUUAUGAUAAAAGGUGCACAAGUUAUGAAAAUUAUGCCGGAUUCGUAUAUUUCAAAUGUUGACUGGAUCCCUGUUGACAUUGCUUCCCAAAGCAUCGUUGAUAUUUCUUUAAAUGCAUCAUUUGACAACGACAUUGAUUAUAUUCGAGUUAAUCAUAUACUUAAUCCAAAAAGAAUCCCAUGGGAUGAAUUCUUAAAAUCCUUACAAAAAAGUGGAAUGAAUUUCAAAAUUGUUUCGAAUAAAAAAUGGUUAAAUACAUUAUUAAAAACGCCCGAAUAUCAAGACGUGGAUAAAAAUCCAGUAGCUGCAUUAUCGGGAUUUUUUGAAAAAACUAUAAGCGAAUCAUCAAAUAGGUGUGAAGAACCAUUAUUUGAAACGCAUAAAUCAGUAAAUCGUAGUUUGGCACUUUCCAAUUGCCCGAAAGUUGAUGUGGAAUUAGUUAAAUUAUAUAUUAAUCAUUGGAGAAAAAUAUCAUUUUUAGAUUAA